AUGGACUCACAACUGUUCUCCCAAGUCCCCAGCCAGGAGGCAAGCUCAACACUUGACUCUCGCACCCCACAUUUGAACAUUCUCUUCCUCUGCACUGCACACAACUCGCUGUCGCAACAACUCUACCUUCGUCUCUGCAAGACGCAUACCGUCACCAUUGAAUAUGCGCUGUCCGAUAAGGUCAUGAUCGAGGCUGCAAACCUCGUGCGACCUGACCUUAUCAUCUGCCCGUUCCUAACCUCGCCUGUCCCAAGUGAGGUCUUCGACAACUACCUAACUCUCAUCGUUCAUCCAGGACCGCCAGGCGAUGCUGGUCCUAGUGCCCUUGACUGGGUAUUGAUGGGAGACGAUGGUACUGUGUCAGACUCUGCAGAACUUCUCAAGGCCCAGUCUUGGAAUGAGACCGGUCGCUCCCACUGGGGCGUCACAGUUCUACAAGCCGUCGCCGAGAUGGACGCCGGCCCUGUCUGGGCAUUUGAGCAAUUCGAGCUCGACAUCAACGACCCCGAAACGACAAAGGCGACACUAUAUCGUGGUUCCGUCACACAAGCCGCAGUCACUGCCACAUUGUCUGCUAUAGACCGCAUCAUCUCGGCUACCAACGAGCACCCCGAUCCAAGAAUCACAACCGAUUUGAGGCAACAGCCUCUGUCACAGACACCUGGCGUCCACGGCAUUUCAGUACAUCUUCAGCCGAGCCCCGAAUACAAAACACUGUCCGUCACACAAAAGAAGCCUUUCCUUGGGGGAGCGACACAUUGCCGACCACUCCUCAGAGCAGCAGAACGAAAUUUCGACAUCAGAACAGAAUCAGCAGAAGCCAUUUCCCGAAAGAUCAGAGCAUCUGACUCACAACCUGGCUGUCUUACCAAAUUAUUCGGAAGUACCAAUCUUUACGUGUAUGGAGGUAUUGUUGAAGCUGGAAGGAGUGUGGAUUGUAAGCGCCAGCCUGGAGAGGUCAUCGGGUCCAGGAGCGGCGCAGUCUGUGUGGCAACAUGCGACGGUAUGGGCAUUUGGAUCACCCAUAUCAGGAGAGUGAAGCGCAAGGUUGACCCAAUGCUUUGGCCCAAGGUACCUGCUGUCACAGGUCUGCUCGAACUCGGCUUUGUUAGUCAAAGCACCAUGGAUGACUCAACAGCACUGCAAACGCUCGCCGGCUGGUCCAAAGCCUCCCACUCUACCUUCCAAGACGUCUGGGUUGAUUUUGCACCCCCGACAGGCGAGCAACGCGUCGCGUUUGUCUAUUUCGAGUUUUACAAUGGGGCGAUGAGCACACCUCAAUGCUCGCGACUCAUCGAAGCUCUUCAGUAUGUGGCCUCCGUCGAGUGUCUCGAAGCUGUUGUUCUCAUGGGUGGCAACUCCUACUUCAGCAACGGCAUUGCACUCAACGUCAUUGAGGCCAGUUGCGAUCCUUCAACAGAGUCAUGGCGCAACAUCAACCGCAUAGAUGAUGUUGUGCACAUGCUCCUUGAAGUGUUCCCACGGAAGAAUGUCACAACCAUCGCCGCAAUGAGGGGCAACUGUGCAGCGGGCGGCGUGGCUUUGGCAACAGCUUGCGAUGUAGUGAUAGCAAGCUCUGAGGCUGUUCUCAAUCCUGCGUACCGAGCACUUGGCCUUUAUGGCUCGGAAUACCAUUCCCUGUCUUACAACGGACGCUGCGGACCAGAAAUCGCGAGGGGUAUUCUCCGAGGGAUGCUACCGAUCUCAGCUCACCGCGCCAAAGAGAUCGGUCUUAUCGACCAUGUCCUCCCUGGCUCAGGACCAAGCCUGGAUGUCAGGGUCAGGGAUUUCGUGGAAUCACUGAGCUGCGUUCCUUAUAAGCCCGGCAACUGGAAAUCUCGCGUUGACGUCACUCCCUCAGGGCUGGCGACAGCAAGGGCCCAUGAGCUUGGUGAGAUGGCGAAAGACUUCUGGAGUGCAAGAUCAGAGAGAUACACCUCGCGCCGACGAGAUUUUGUUCGUAAGAUCAAAUCAACGAAAACACCCCUCCGUUUCGCCACCCAUAGAAGACGCGAGGGAGAAGUCGAUGAGGAGGAGGCGGAUACCUUUGAUGAUGUGGCCAACUAUGGAGCAAUGGCUUUGGAUAAGAUUACAGAACACAGUUCUCAAGGACAGAAAGCUUCUUUUGCGAAGCGCAACGAAGAGGCCAAGUCGCAUAACGAAGGAGUGGUCAUCAUAUCAGAGUUGCUUCGUGAGACAAGAAGCGCACAGGACGGAAAGGCCAUGUUAUUUCCUUGUUACUAUGGAGUUGAUACCCCUGUUUGUACUUAA